AUGCACGUCGUGCACGAGGAAGGUCCCUAUGAGGAUCCUCUUCAUAGUAUUUAUGAGGAACAACGCACUGGAGCCUCAUCACCAUCCUCCUCCAAUGAUACCCUAGCACCACCCACGAGCCCCCGGGCUGAAAUUGACCCAGCUGAUGCCCAGUAUAUCACCCAACUGGUCAGCUGCGACCAACAACUCUCCAAGAUCGCUUCUCGAGCCAUUGGCCCCGAUCAUCCCGCCCUCGAUCCCGACAACAAAGAAUUCGACCUCUCCCAGUGGCUGCGGUACAUAGUACAGCAGCUGAAUCGCGAAGGAAUUCUUAAUUCCAAAGCCAGCGUCUACUUUCGCAAUGUCACCGUCACGGGCACAGGUGCUGCCCUGCAGCUGCAGCAGACGGUGGAUGGAAUGCUCACCUCGCUUCUUCGUCCACGCGAGACAUUCAACCGCGGCACCAAGGCGCCCAAGCAGAUCCUAAAGCAGUUCGAUGGUGUCCUUGACAGUGGUGAGCUUCUAAUUGUUCUUGGACGACCGGGGUCUGGCUGCAGCACUCUUCUCAAGACUCUGUGCGGCGAACUGUACGGCUUGGAGCUUGACAAGAACUCCGAAAUUCAUUGCAAUGGCAUCCCACAGCAGACAAUGCAGAAGGAGUUCAAGGGUGAGAUGGUUUACAACCAAGAGGUUGACAAGCACUUCCCUCAUUUAACGGUCGGUCAGACGCUCGAGUUUGCUGCCACCGCCCGCACUCCUUCAGCCCGUGUGCAAGGUCUAUCUCGUGAAGAAUACGCCAGGUCAUUCACCAAGGUGAUGAUGGCAGUGUUUGGACUUACUCAUACUUACAACACCAAAGUGGGCAAUGACACUGUCCGUGGUGUGUCUGGGGGCGAGCGGAAGCGUGUCAGCAUUGCAGAGAUGGCACUGGCUCGAACUCCCUUCGCUGCAUGGGAUAACUCGACAAGAGGCUUGGAUUCUGCCACUGCUUUGCAUUUUGUUCAAUCGCUACGACUAGCCGCUGAUAUUCACGAUUCGACCCAUGCCGUAGCCAUCUACCAGGCCAGUCAGGCGAUCUACGACCUCUUCGAUAAGGCCGUGGUUCUUUACGAGGGCCGUCAGAUCUAUUUCGGUCCCGCAAAUGCAGCAAAGGCCUUCUUUGAGCGACAAGGCUGGCAGUGCCCGUCUCGUCAAACCACUGGCGAUUUCCUCACCUCAGUUACCAAUCCGGUUGAGCGCCAAGCGCGUGCUGGCAUGGAGAACCAAGUCCCGCGAACGCCCGACGAAUUCGAGGCUUACUGGCAUCGUUCACCGGAAUAUCAAGAGCUGCAGCGAAUCAUGAAGGAGCACCAUGAUGCGGUCACAUCGCAGUCAGAUAAUAAUAUCCGCCAACUUAAGGAUCAGAAGCUUCAGGCGCAGGCAGAUCACACUCGCUCAGCUUCGCCUUAUCUGCUCAGUGUGCCAAUGCAAAUCAAGAUGAACACGAAGCGUGCCUACCAGCGUGUGUGGAAUGAACGUACGUCCACCGUCACAACCUUUAUCGGAAACUGUGUGAUUGCCCUGAUCGUUGGAUCGGUAUUCUAUGAGACCCCCGCUGCCACCAGCAACUUUUACCAAAAAGGCGCCGUUCUCUUCUAUGCAGUACUUCUCAACGCCUUGACAGCCAUGACAGAGAUCAACAGUCUGUACUCACAGCGACCAAUCGUUGAGAAGCACAAUACGUAUGCGUUCUACCAUCCAUUCACUGAAGCCAUUGCCGGAAUCCUGAGCGACAUCCCCGUCAAGUUCCUGCUCGCAGUCGCGUUCAAUGUCAUAUUAUACUUCCUCAGCAAUCUCCGACGAGAACCCUCUCAGUUUUUUAUUUACUUUCUCAUCAACUUCAUCAUCAUGUUUGUCAUGAGUGCAAUCUUCCGUACCAUGGCCGCCAUUACCAAAACCGUGGCCCAGGCUAUGACUCUCGCCGGUAUCUUGAUUCUAGCACUGGUAAUCUACACAGGAUUCGUUGUGCCAGUGCCAUACAUGCAUCCCUGGUUUGGCUGGAUACACUAUCUCAAUCCAAUCUACUAUGCCUUCGAAAUCCUGGUGGCCAAUGAGUUCCAUGGUCGCGACUUUGCCUGUUCUUCGAUUGUCCCAGCUUAUCCGAACAUGCAGGGUGAUACCUUCAUCUGCUCCUCCAAGGGUGCUGUGGCUGGUCAAACUACAGUCAGUGGCGAUGCUUAUAUCUGGGCUGCCUACCAUUACUCGUACACCCAUGUAUGGCGUAACUUUGGAAUUCUAGUCGCCUUUUUGAUCGGCUUCCUGGCCAUCUACUUCGUCUGCACCGAGCUCAACUCAUCAACCACGAGUACUGCCGAGGUGUUGGUUUUCCGACGCGGACACGAACCAAAGGCUUUGAAGAACGGCGGUGCCGACGAAGAAGACGGAAACAAUGGACCGGUGGUAGCUUCGUCUAACGAGAAUGCUCAAUCUGGCCUGCCGUCUCUACCACCACAGCGGGACCUCUUCACCUGGCGUGAUGUCGUUUAUGAUAUCAAGAUCAAGGGUGAGCCUAGACGAUUGCUAGACAAUGUCUCUGGAUGGGUCAAACCGGGUACCCUGACUGCGUUGAUGGGUGUGAGUGGUGCUGGCAAAACUACGCUGUUGGAUGUAUUGGCUCAUCGCACAACCAUGGGCGUCAUCACUGGCGAUAUGUUCGUUAAUGGAAAAUCCCUUGAUUCAAGUUUCCAACGGAAAACGGGCUACGUCCAGCAACAAGAUCUGCAUCUUGAGACCGCAACAGUGCGUGAGAGUCUUCGAUUUAGCGCAAUGCUCCGCCAACCAGCCUCUGUGCCAAAGGAAGAAAAGUAUGCCUACGUCGAGGAGGUUAUCUCUAUGCUGAACAUGGAGGAAUUUGCCGAAGCGGUUGUGGGUGUGCCAGGUGAGGGCCUGAACGUGGAACAGAGAAAGUUGUUGACCAUUGGCGUGGAAUUGGCUGCCAAGCCUAAAUUAUUGCUUUUCCUUGACGAACCAACUAGCGGUCUCGACUCUCAAAGUUCCUGGGCAAUUUGCAAUUUCCUUCGCAAACUCGCCGACGCCGGCCAGGCCAUCUUGUGCACUAUUCACCAGCCUAGCGCCAUCCUUUUCGAGCAAUUUGAUCAGCUGCUAUUCCUCGCUCGUGGUGGCAAAACCGUAUACUUCGGUCCCAUUGGCAGCAACUCUCGCACCCUCCUUGAUUACUUCGAAAGCCACGGAGCCCGUCCCUGUGCUGAUGACGAGAAUCCAGCUGAGUAUAUGCUCGAGAUAGUCAACGCAGGCACCAACCCAGAAGGCAAGGCGUGGUUUGACCUAUGGACUGGAAGUCCUCAGGCAGCGGGUGUGCAAAAAGAAAUUGACCGGAUCCACGAGAGCAAGAGAGAUCAGCCAGCGCACGACCCUGAUCAGAUUCCAGAUCCAAGAGAACAAUCCGAGUUUGCUAUGCCAAUCAUGAAGCAAAUGCCUAUCGUCCUGACCAGAGUGUUCCAGCAGUACUGGCGGAUGCCAGACUACGUUAUGUCGAAAAUCAUGCUGGGUCUUUGCUCUGGUCUCUUCAUCGGGUUCUCCUUUUUCAGACCCGACCAUUCCCUGCAGGGUAUGCAGGACCAGAUUUUCUCUCUUUUCAUGAUUUGUGCAAUCUUUUCUUCCUUGGUCCAACAAAUCAUCCCUUUGUUCCUAACUCAACGCGCGCUCUAUGAAGUCCGCGAGCGUCCUUCCAAGACUUACUCGUGGGUCGCGUUCAUGACGUCUUCCAUUCUGGUUGAAAUUCCCUACCAGAUCCUGAUGGGUGUCCUUGUAUACGGUUGCUACUACUAUGCCGUGGAUGGUGUACAGAGCUCCUCGCGACAAGGAUUGGCUCUCCUAUUUUUCUUGCAAUUCUUCGUGUAUGCCAGCACUUUCGCGGAUAUGGUCAUCGCGGCUCUUCCAGACGCCGAAACAGCGGGUGCAAUCGUGACUCUCCUGUUUUCCAUGUCCUUGACAUUCAACGGUGUCAUGCAAACACCUGACGCCUUCCCCGGAUUCUGGAUCUUUAUGUACCGGGCUUCUCCAUUCACCUAUUGGGUGGGCGGUGUCGCUGCUAACCAAAUGCACGGCCGAGAGAUCAAGUGCAGCAACACGGAAAUGUCUGUCUUCAACCCACCCUCUGGCGCGACCUGCGGCCAGUACCUUGAGAAGUACCUUUCUGUGGCCCCUGGGUAUUUGGAGAAUCCAAACGCUACCCAGUCUUGUGCCUAUUGCUCUCUCUCGACAACUGAUCAGUACUUGAGCUCCGUGCGAAUGGUAUGGGAUGAGCGAUGGCGUAAUUUUGGCAUCUUUUGGGUUUAUAUCGCAGUUGACAUUGCUGCGGCUGUUGCUUUGUACUAUUGUUUCCGGGUGAAGAAGUGGAAUUUUGGCAAGCAGAAGGCUGCUUAG